AUGUUUGCAAGACGUUGCUGCCACCACCGCUCCCCCUGGAGGACUGCCACAAGCACGUGUCUACAUGACAAGACACAACGUUUGAGCUUUCUCAGGCCCCCUUUCUCCCAGCUUCCCCCAAAUCUCCGCUCUUCCUCCCUCACCCUCCCUGGCUCCCAGGAUCCUCAACCCCUCCAAAUCCAAACCUGUCAUAUCGGAAAUCCUGUAUCAGAGGGAGCUUGGGGUCCUGAGGGAGGCAGGGUGAGAGGGGAAUCCCAAGCCCUGGCACCAGGGAGAGAGGCUGCUCAGCAGCUCCAGGGUGUCCUAGCAGCCCCUCCAAGGCAAGGACUCCUGCUUCUGCAUCGAGACCCUGCACAGUACUGCCAUGCUGUCUGGGGAGACCCAGACACCCCAAACUACCACAGGUGCAGCCUCUUGAAACCAGGAUACCAAGGACAUAGUUGCUUGGGGGCCAAGGUGAGAAUGACUUAGCACAUUUGGGGAUCUGAAGGCAAUUGUACCCUUGCUGGUACAAUUGUCUUCUGUGCCCAUCUCACCAGCCCCAGCCUCAGCCACAGUGACAUGGUCAUGGCCACACUCCAUGAACUGCUCCAUGCCCUGGGUUUCUCUGGACAGCUCUUCGAGAAGUGGAGGGAUUACCCUUCAGGACCCAGCGUCAGCGAGAACUGUUCUACAAGUCAACAAGUGACAAGGCGAGAUGAGUGGGGACAGCUGCUUCUCACCAGCCUGGCCAAACACUUGGGACUGCUAGGGGUUUCCCUGGGCACUCCCUUGUCAGAAGAGGUGAGGAUGAGAACACCUUGGGGUGAUGGAAGGAAGAAGAAACGGUCAGGUGGCACCAGCUAUCUCCUCCCAAGGGGCCCUUUGUCUUCACACUGGGAGGCCUGGCUACUCCAGAACUGUAUAAUGACUGCUACCUACGAUGGCACCCAGCGCACUCGGCUUGACCCAAUCACUCUCGCUGCCUUCAAAGACUCAGGCUGGUGCCAGGUCAACCACAGCACUGCAGAGGAGCUGUUGUGGGGCUGGGGGUCUGGCCUGGAAUUUGGCCUGGUGACCACCUGUGGGAAUGGCACCUCAGACUUCUUCUGUACUGGCAGCGGACGGGGCUGCUACUACCUGCACCUGGACAAGGGAAGCUGCUCCUCACACCUUAUGCUGGAAGGCUGAUGCAGGUAUAAGCUCUUGGCCAGUGGAAGUGAAUGCCGGAGGAAGGAAAAUGGAUUCCCACCUGGGGCAGAGAAUCCCCAUGGGGAGAUCUACCAUCCCCAUAGUUGUUGCUUCCUUGCCAACCUCACUUCACAGCUGCUUCCUGUGGACAAGAUCAGGCAUCCCUCUCAGAUCCCACACCUCAAGGAAGCAACCCCUGGCCACUGCUACUUACAUCAGUGCACAGAGAGGGGAGUGUACAAGGUGCAGGUGGGGUGAUCACCCUGGGUCCCAUGCCUUCCAGGAAAGGCUAUUCAGAUACCUGGGAACAAUGGCCAUCUCUUCUGUUCCCUGGGUUGGCUCUGUUAGACAAAUGAAGGUACCGAUGCUAUCAAUAUUACUUACCCACCCGUAAGUCUUUCAACCUGACCUAUUAUUUCAGCUGUCUUUAGGAUUAGCUGGGGUCCCCCAGGCCACUCCCUGGGGAAGGAAGAGGGCAAAGAGCUAACUGAAGCAGUUCUACAAGGCUCUGAGAUCCAAACGUCCAUUUGGUGCUAUUUCCACAGUCUCUUGAUUACCACCAGUCUGGUCUUCACUAUGCAUAUGUGGAAAUUCCCUGGCUGCCAAGGGCCUUCAGUUGGUAUGCUGCACAGGGCCCUGACCCUGACUCUCCAGAAGAAACCUCUAGAAGUAUAUUAUGGAGGAGCCACCUUUACCAUAGAAUACAGCAAGCUUCUACUUACCUCGGACCAUAAUCCUUCCAUGACACACCUCAGUCUGUCCAUGGGACUCUGCCUAAUGUCGCUUAUCCUGGUGGUUGCAUUGGAAACCAUGGCCUAUCAGAAACGAGCUACUCUUCAGGUGGGACCUCCUGCCCCUUACCAUUCACUAGAGCCCCAAGGUGCAACAGGGGGCCCAGUUGGAGGAAUGAGGGAGGUGUGA